GUUCAGUCAGUCAGACAGUCAUCAGUUGGACAGGAUGGAGCUCCGUCCACUCUGUGUGAUGUUCUUGUGAAGUGUUUAAGAGUACAGGAAGUGUCAAGGCAUUAACACAGACACUUGUCGUUCAGUCAGUCAGACAGUCAUCAGUUGGACAGGAUGGAGCUCCGUCCACUCUGUGUGAUGUUCUUGCUGACUGAACUCAUCCUCUGUACACAAACAGGUGAUUUAGAAGGAUCAAGUCCUGAAGUUAAAGUAGAAACUGGAGAAACUGUCACUUUCUCAUGUGAGAGAAAGCCUGAAGGAUCCUCGGAGUAUAAGCAGAUCUACAUAAUCAGUGAUGUACAAGAGUCUCAUAAAGGUGUUUACACAUGUAAAGGAACACAGUCAUCAGACCCACAAUACACAGGGACUAGUGAUGCUGUUACACUGACUGUAUCAGGAUCAAGUCCUGAAGUUAAAGCACAGCCAGCUGACCAUGACAGUGGGUUCACUGGAGAAACUGUCACUUUCUCAUGUGAGAGAAAGCCUGAAGGAUCCUCGGAGUAUAACUGGUUCAGGGAUAAUAAGGAACUCAGUGAUGCUGCAGCAAAGCAAAUCUACAUAAUCAGUGGUGUUAAAGAGUCUCAUAAAGGUGUUUACACAUGUAAAGGAACACAGUCAUCAGACCCACAAUACACAGAGACUAGUGAUGCUGUUACACUGACUGUGUCAGAAAAACCUAAACCUCAACUCACAUCAAGCCUUGAAGGAGAUGUACUGAGAGGAAACUCAGUGACUCUGUACUGUACACUGACACCACAGUCUGCUGGAUGGACGUUUUACUGGUCCAAAUACACACAGAGCUCUGAGACUGAGACUGAGGCUGAGACUACAUCAGACUUCUACACCAUCAGCUUAGAUAAAGUCUAUGACAGAAUUCAGUACAAGUGCAGAGCUGGAAGAGGAAACCCAGUCUACUACACAGACUACAGUAAUGAACUCUCACUAACUGUUAUUGAGAAACCUAAACCUGUGGUGAAUAUAACGCCUGAUAAACAGGUGUUCAGUGGAGAGAAAGUGACAUUCAAAUGUGAGAUACGGAGCGCAAAAGUCACUGAGUGGACAUACAGCUUGUAUAAGAAAGAUUACACAGAGAACCCAUACAAAGAAACACAAGAGUUCAUCAUCAGCUCAGUUACAGACUCUAACAGUGGCACAUACACCUGCAGAGGGAAGAGCAGUGACUCUCAGUUCUCAGAGGACAGUGAUCCUGUUACACUCACUGUAUCAGAAAAACCUAAACCUCAACUCACAUCAAACAUUAAAGGAGAUGUACUGAGAGGAAACUCAGUGACUCUGUACUGUACACUGACACCACAGUCUGCUGGAUGGAAGUUUUACUGGUCUGAAAAUAAACAGAGACGUUGGACUGAGACUAAGACUGGGUCUACAUCAGACUCCUACACCAUCAGCUCAGAUAAAGUCUAUUACAGAAUUCAGUACAAGUGCAGAGCUGGAAGAGAAAACCGAGUCUUCUACACAGACUACAGUAAUGAACUCUCACUUACUGUUAUUGAGAGUCCUAAACCUACAGUGACUAUAAACCCUGAUACUCAGGUGUUCAUAGGAGAGACUGUGACUUUCAGGUGUGAUGUACAGAAAGGAAGAGACACUGAGUGGACGUACGGCUGGUUUAGGGACAGUAACAGAUUGUACCCAUAUUCCACAACAAAGGUGUUCAGCACCAGCUAUGAUAAAGUCUCACACAGUCGUCAAUACACCUGCAGAGGGAGGAGGACAAGUGACUCUCAGAUGUCACAGAUGAGUGAUUCUGUUACACUCUCUGUAUCAAAAAAACCUAAACCUCAACUCACAUCAAGCCUUAAAGGAGAUGUACUGAGAGGAAACUCAGUGAAUCUGUCCUGUACACUGACACCAAAGUCUGCUGGUUGGAAGUUUUACUGGUCCAAACACACACAUAGCUCUGAGACUGAGGUUGAGACUGCAACAGGCUCCUACACCAUCAGCUCAGAUAAUGUCUAUGACAGAAUUCAGUACUGGUGCAGAGCUGGAAGAGGAAACCCAGUCUACUACACAGACUACAGUAAUGUACUCUCACUAACUGUUAUUGAGAAUCCUAAACCUGUGGUGAAUAUAACGCCUGAUAAACAGGUGUUCAGAGGAGAGAAAGUGACAUUCAAAUGUGAGAUACGGAGUGCAAAAGUCACUGCGUGGACAUACAGCUUGUAUAAGAAAGAUUAUACAAAGAACUCAUACAAAGAAACACAGGAGUUCAGCAUCAGCUCAGUUACAGACUCUAACAGUGGUACAUACACCUGCAGAGGGAUGAGCAGUGACUCUCAGUUCUCAGAGGACAGUGAUCCUGUUACACUCACUGUAUCAGGUUUUGUCAUCCCAAUCUGCCAACAGCAAAAUACACUUUACUACAACUUGAGGUGGCAGUAA